AUGACCAGUUUGAUCCAUCCCAAUUCUUGUGAAUGUGCCAAGAGCGAACUCGAUUUAUUUCACGUUAACCCCACUCAGACAAGCGUAGAAAAUGGAAAAUGGGUCGAAUACAAACCAAUGACUUCUAUCACUGACGGGGGACCGAUUGAAUUUCUAGUUGGUGGAGCUACAGAAAAUUACUUAGAUCUACUUAACACUUUCAUUCACAUUCGGGCGCAGAUUGUAAAUCAAGACGGAACACUUCUAGCGGCGGACGCCGAUGUAGCACCAAUUAAUUACUUACUAAAUACUAUGUGGUCUCAAGUAGAUCUGUCUCGUAACGGUAAACUCAUUACAACAUCUACCAAUACAUACCCAUACCGUUCUUAUCUGGAGACUCUUCUGAGUUAUGGCCCCGCAGCGAAAGAUACGCAGCUUGCCGCAGGGCCCUGGGUUGGUGACACAGCGGGACAUAUGGACAGUCGAGCUGAUGAAAACACUGGCUUUCAGCGCCGAAAACAGAUAUCUGAAAGAUCUCGUAUUUGCGACAUGAUGGGAAAACUUCAUUUGGACAUGUUUUUUCAGAAUCGGUAUUUAAUCAACGGAGUGGAUAUGAAAUUAAAACUUACUCGCUCAAAAGACUCUUUCGCAUUAAUCGCCCCAGACAACUCCAAUUUUAAAAUUAAAAUUCAAGAUGCUACUCUGAUUGUGAGACAAGUAAAAUUGAGCCCUGCUGUUAUGUACGCACAUAUAAAAGCAAUUUCCAAGGGAUUGUGCAAGUACCCUAUCAGAAGAUGCGAAUUGAAAACCUAUUCUAUUGCAGCUGGUAAUCUAACGUUUAGCCAAGAAAAUCUGACUCUUGGUCGUCUACCCAAACGCGUUGUUGUUGUUGUUGUUGUAGACAACGAUGCCUAUAACGGGCGUUAUUCCAAAAAUCCAUUUCACUUUCAGAACUACAACAUAAACUUUCUUUCGUUAAAUGUCGGCGGAGAGCCUGUCCAGGGAAAACCGUUCGAACCCAAUUUUGAAAGAGGUCAAACAGUGAGAGGUUAUCUCUCGCUAUUCACAGAAACAGGACAAUUUUUUAGAGACGAGGGGAAUAACAUCAUCAAGCACGACUAUGAAAACGGCUAUACAUUGUUCUGCUUCGAUCUCAGUCCUAGUUUAUCUAGUGGAAAUACACAUUUCGAUCUUAUAAAACAAGGAAAUCUGAGGAUAGAAGUCCAUUUCGCCCAAGCUUUACCGAGAACUAUAAGUUUAUUAUUGUUUUUGGAAUACGAAAAUAUAAUCGAAAUAUCCAAAACAAGAAAUGUAUUCAUUGACUACGCUUGA